AUGGUAGGAAGCAGCUCGGGAGUUGGUGAAGCAAUCGCCAUACAUCUAGCGUCUUUGGGAUACCGUCUGACAGUCGCCGGCAGAAAUGCGGAAAAUCUGCUAAAAGUAGUGAACAAAUGCAAAGAACAAGGCUUAGCAGAUAAAGAGGUCCAAGAUGAUCGUAUAUUGGCUGAAGAGCCACUUUUCUUCUGGUUUCAGUGGUACCUGUCACAAUUCACACGGCAAGAUGUCAAAACAAACACUCCAGAGCAUCCUCCAACAACAGCAGCUGUAAGCACACAAGAAGAAGCUGGUACUCUAAUGAUUCCCCAUGGCAUAGAAGUGGCCUCUGAAUCUGGGAAUGAUACAGACUGGUUUGUAUUGAUCUUCAGAAGACUUCCACAACUUGGCAUGAAUACUGGAAUUUGUGCAGUCUUCUCGGAACGAAGAAAGGAUCUGCUAAAGAUGCCAUGUUCUACAUCACAUUUUAAUUUUAAAAAUGUGAUGGAUCUUGCAAAAAAGGUGCACGUACUUCAAAAACGACCAAUUAAAUUUGACGAAGUUACAGCAGCAGUUGCAUUUCUAGCCUCCGAACAUGCAGCUAUGAUUACUGGUUGCAUUUUGCCGAUAGAUGGCGGUUACCAUCUGGUAAACUAG